GUCGCUGCCUCACAGUCACCAGACUGGAGCGAAGUAAAAAAAAAAAAAAAAAAAGAAGAAGAAGCAAAGAUGACGAUAAAAAACAAUGCAUUUGAGGAAAAGCGUGUAUUGUGUGUAUGUUUUGUGUUUUGCUGAUGUAGUUGUGAUGGAGAUGUUGGUUUAGUAGUGUUUCGGGACAGCCCCUAUGUUUUCCUCCAUCAUCAUAUUGGAUGAUAUUGUCAGCAGGACGUUGUUCCUCUGCUGCCCCCCGUCCAUCCCGCCGUACUUGUCAAGUGAACAUGGCGACGGUACCAGUCUAUUGCAUCUGCAGAUUGCCUUACGACGUGACCCAGUUCAUGAUUGAGUGCGACGCCUGCAAGGACUGGUUCCACGGCAGUUGUGUUGGUGUGGAUGAGGAUGACGCUCCAGAUAUUGACAUAUAUCAUUGUCCAAACUGCGAGAAGACCCACGGCAAAUCUACACUAAAAAAGAAAAAGAAUUGGAGCAAGCAUGACACGGGGCAAAGCACAGAUAUCAGAGCAGUUCAGAAUGGCAGUCAAGUUUUCAUAAAGGAGCUAAGGAGUAGAACAUUUCCAAGUGCCGAUGAUAUUGUGGUGAAACUAGGUGGCAGUCAGCUGACUAUGGAUUACCUGGAGGAGAAUGGCUUUGAGGAGCCUGUCCUGGUUCAGAAGAAGGAUGGUCUGGGCAUGUCAAUGCCUCCCCCAACCUUCUACAUCAGUGAUGUAGAAAAUUAUGUCGGUCCUGAUGUUGGCGUUGAUGUUGUUGACGUGACAAAACAGACGGAUAGCAAGAUGAAGCUGAAGGAGUUUGUUGAUUAUUACUACAGCACAAACAGAAAGAAAGUAUUAAAUGUCAUCAAUCUGGAGUUCUCUGACUCAAGGAUGAACAGUAUUGUGGAGAGUCCUCAAAUUGUGCGGAGGUUGUCCUGGGUAGAAAACUACUGGCCUGACGAUGCUCUGCUCGGCAAGCCAAAAGUCACAAAAUACUGUCUCAUCUGCGUGAAGGACAGCUACACAGACUUCCACAUUGAGUGCGGCGGUGCCUCUGUCUGGUAUCAUGUAUUAAAGGGAGAGAAGAUCUUCUUUCUCAUCAAGCCCACGUCUGCCAACCUGUCUCUGUACGAGCGCUGGAGGUCGUCAUCCAGUCAUAGUGAAAUGUUCUUUGCUGACCAGGUGGACAAGUGUUACAAAUGCCCUCUCAAGCAAGGACAAACGCUCUUCAUCCCAUCAGGUUGGAUCAACGCAAUACUGACUCCGGUCGACUGCUUGGCGUUCUCUGGCCAUUUUGUCCACAACCUGAGUGUGGAGAUGCAGAUGAGAGCGUACGAAAUCGAAAAGCGGCUCAAGGUCAAAACCCUCAACCCAUUCCCCAACUUUGAGACGGCAUGCUGGUACGUGGGACGCCAUCUCCUUGAGCGAUUCAAAGGUUUACAUAAAGCAAACAAACAGCCUGCGCCGUAUCUGGUCCAUGGUGCAAAAAUCAUAAAUGGAGCCUUCAGGUCGUGGACAAAAAAACAGGCUCUCUUGGAACAUGAAGAUGAACUUCCAGAGAACAUGAAACCAUCACAGCUCAUUAAGGAUCUUGCCAGAGAGAUUAGACUGUCAGAGAAUGCAACAAAAGCUAUUAAAUGUGAGCCUGGUUUUAAAGUGCCAGUCGAGGGGCCAUUAUCCACCCAUUCUGACCCCGAAGAGCCGGUCUCGCCGGCUGAGGUCCCCUCCCCAAGCAGCGAGAUAGCCAGAAAGAAAGCCUCCAAACCCCCUAAACCUCCUAGGCCACCAAACCCCCUAAAGAUGCCCAAGGCUCCCAAACCUCCUAAAAUGCCCAAGGUCAAAGAUGGAGGUAAGAAGAAAAUAAAAAAUCUCAAAGAUUCACCACCUCCACCUAAACCCUCCAGUUUCGCAGCUCUGGAGUCCCAUGCAAAGGACAUCUUGAGUAAGAUGGACCAGCCAAAGAAGACCAAAGGUGUGAAGAAUAUUCUGACUCUGUCAGAAAAAGAAACAUUACAGCAAAACAAUAUGGAAAAGUUUGAAAUCAGAGAGCAGAAUAAAAACAAGACAGAAGCAAAAUGGAAGUACAAGAAUAGUAAACCAGACUCCCUGCUGAAAAUGGAAGAGGAGUGCAAAUUUGACAGAAUGUCACUGUUGGGCAAUAAAGAGAAAGUCGGCUUUGCGAUGGCACGCAAGAAAAUCCUGGGGUCCAAGACACUGAAACCUCAGACCAACACAAGUCAUUUUGGCGCCUUACAAAACCUAAAAGAGGACAAACCGAAGCCAGUGAGAGAUGAGUAUGAAUACGUCUCGGAUGAGGGAGAACUGAAGAUUGACGAGUUCCCCAUUAGACGGAAAAAGAACGCUGUAAAGAGAGACCUUUCCUUUUUGUCAGAAAUCAGAGAACCAAUUCAGCCAGCCAAAAAACCAAAGUUCCAGCCCUUGGUGACAAAGCAGGGCGCUGAUUCUUCAGAUGAAGAAACUCUGCAUAUAGACACAGAAGCCAAGCCGGAGAUGAAGUGUCGCAACUCAAAGGCCAAAAAAAAAGGUGGCAGCGCGGCUGGAAUUCUUGACUUGCUGCAGGCCAGCAAGCAAGUGGGCGGGAUUGACUACAGCACCAACAGUCAGCCACCUGCAUCUCCCAGCACACAGGAGGCCAUCCAGGGCAUGCUGUCCAUGGCCAACCUGUCAUCGUCAGACAGCUUGCAGCAGCCAUGGAGCAACAAUCAGUCCAGAAACAAUAGUCAGUCAAAGAACAUCUUGCACAGCUUGCAGACCAGCAAGAAGACCAGCGGAGGCGUCGGCAUCGGUGGCAGCAGCAACAGCAAGCAGCCCACAAAACGGCUAUUUAAGAAACCCCAGAAAAGCAGCAGUAUUGAGAGCCUUGAUUAUGAUGAUGACCAAGAUCACAUGGAUGCGUGCUUUAAAGACUCCGAUUAUGUUUAUCCUUCACUGGAGUCUGAGGAGGAUAAUCCGGUUUUCAAAUCCAGAUCAAAGAAACGGAAAAGCAGCGACGACAUUCCAUACAGCCCGACAGCUCGUGUAGGACCCUCGGUUCCUCGACAGGAAAGGCCUGCAAGAGACGGAGCGCGGGUGGCCUCCAUCGAAACAGGCCUGGCUGCUGCCGCUGCAAAGCUGUCUCACCAGGAGGAGCAACAAAAAACAAAGAAAAAAAAACUGACCAAAAAGAAGACAGUGAUAGAGGAGCCGCUGAAGAUCUCUCAGGAUAGUAGCUCGCCAGACCACAAUCUGGACUCCCAGGACGGCAGCCUCACAGACCAUGAGUUCAACACUGGAACAGUCAAAUCCCCAGUCGGGUCACAGCCCAUGGCGCCGGGGGUUUUUCUCAGCCAAAGGCGACCGUCCAUGUCUUCUCCUAACAGCAACACUACAAGCACCAACAGCAACGCCUCGGCAAAGGUCGAUCGUGGAGCUUCUGCAGAUGCCAAAGCUAAGAGGCUAAAGAAAGGCAUGGCCACAGCCAAACAGAGACUUGGAAAGAUCUUAAAGAUUCAUCGAAAUGGCAAACUCCUCCUGUAGCAUGACGCCAACUGUAGGACUGUGGGAAGUCCUGAACCUCUUUUCAGGACGCAAGAAAACAUUUUUCAAUUUCCAAGACCAACAUCACGCAAAUAGGUUUUUGCCUCUCCUUGGACUUUUUCAGUGACUAAAGUGUACAUAACCUACUAUAAAUAUUUUUAAUAGAACGUGUCUCAUUGGACUACAUCAGUUUGUCAGGGAAAGGCUCCAACCUGCAGCAGUCAUUCCAGGAUUUCACAAAGUAUCCUUUGCAUGUCUUCACUUGCAUGUGUGCUGGCCUUGGGGGGGGUUUAUGGAAUCAUUCUGCCGGAUGCAGCUUAUCAUCGCCUCGCUCGUCAGCCACAAGCUGAACAAACUUAGCGCAUGAAUACACUUUUCUAGUCAUCCUGAUGUGUUAGCAGUUGCGUUUGCAAAGCACUAUCACGGUCAAUGUUUAUUUAUUUCUUACUGCGUUUGGACGGAUAGGGAGUAGGACGUCAGGAAACGUGUAAAGCACAAAGUGAAUGAGGAGUAUUACUGCAUAACAAACAGUAUACUGUAUGGCAUUGUGGAAGCCACGGGGCUGGACGUGGAAAUGCGGUCAGUGGGAAAACGAAAGACGCCGGAUGUUGACACAUGUCUGCAGUCACAUGGGGAUUCUUUCUAGCUUCUGUUGCUUUCACAGGCAGCAUCCAAAUCCUAAAGCCAUCUGCAUUUUUACUACUUUUCACAUAAUAUAGAAUGUAGCUUGUACAUAGCCUUUCAAUACUUACUUUUUCUAGUCUUUUCUAUCAAGGCUUCAUGCGCACACACACACGCACACUAGCGCAUCUCAAUGAAUUCUAAUAUUUUUCCAAUUUAUUUCAGUAGUUCAAUUCAAAAAGUGAAAACUAUGAUAUUCGACGUAUUAUUCUUAUAUUGUAAAUAUAGUCUAUAGACAUAUGAAAUAUUUCCAGAAUGAAUUUCUUCAUUUCUUUAUCAUUUUGUUGAUCCAGUAUCUCAUGAAAUGUGUAAAAUGGUCAACAAGUUGGAGUAUUGUAACGACCGGUUCACGCUCACAAUCAAAAAAUGAGCUGCAAAACCCUCCUGAGCCUGUAAUUGGUCUCCUUGGCUUCAUUGAACUGCUGAAAUCAAAUACAUUUUGCACCAUAGUCUGUUUUUUUGAGAUGCGCUUAUAUAUACAGUACAUUUGUGAGUGUGUGUGUGUGUGUGUGUGUGUGUGUGUGUGUGUACAGGGUGUCCCUAAACUCUGGACAUUUAAUAUACACUAUACAAUAUACAUACAUACAAAAAGUUUGAAUUAACACUUUAAGAAAAAGUAAUUAGUUUAAAUAAUUACAAUGAAAUAAUUGAAAAAGUUAAAGCAAUUUAAAUAUAUGAAACGCUAUUAUUACCACUAUUCAUUAUUAAUAAAAACAAUUAUUUUAUUUAUGUACAUGAUUAAUUAGUAUUUUACAUAUUCAUUACAUCUGAAAUAUUUUGUAAAUAAAUAUGUAUUAAACAUUUUAAUAUAAUUUUUUAAAAAUAUUUUAAUAUUUUUGCCUAUGUGUCCAGACUUUAUGGAAAUCCUAUAUACUGUAUGUGUGCGCGUGUGUGUGUGUGUGUGUAUACAUAUAUAUACACGUGCGUGUGUGUGUGUGUGUGUGUGCGUGUAUACACACUGAAAGCAAGAGUAUCCAGAAAGGAUUCAUCGCAGCGCUUCACUUUUUCUGCAGAACUAUUCCAAAAUGGAUAAAUUGCAUUUGUCACCUCAAAAUUUUGCACACAACAGCCGACAAUGACAACAUGAUUUAUUUAUUUAUUUAUUAUUUUUUGUGUUAAAAAUAAAAAAACGUAACAAAUCACACAACUGAAAAUGUAGCAUCAAGGGGCCCCGUUGCACAAAACCAGGAUGAGGGAUUAAGCCGGGAUAUCUUGGUUAUCCUGGCUCAACUUAAUCCAUGAUCUGGUUGCACAAAAGUAGGAUAGUGGAAAGUGGGAUAUGUUCUGACGUAAAUUACCAAGGAGAUUUAUUCUGUGGAGUUAGCCUGCUCCAGACCAGGCUAAGGUCCAGGAUCUAUUUACGGUAAUGUCAUCCCUUAUCUCAGUCAGCAGUCACCAUAAAUGGAAACCAAUAGUUAGUCCACCGCCCACGACACUUUGUUAUCACAUUAAACUACACUCACUGUCAUUAUUUCAACAUUUGCAGUCACUCAUUGAAAUCAUUAUAAAUAAAAGGUGUUACAUGUUAUAUACUGCAGUAUAUAUAUAAUCUACAUCCCAUAUAAAUAUAAAUAUACAGUAUAUCUACAAGAUAAGAGUUACACAGUCUGAUGGAGUUUUGUUGACACAAUUUUACUCCCAUCUGCAGUCAAUCUGACCUUCAAUUUAAACGGAUUCAUAAUCACUGCGCGGCUACGUUUUCGGAGACGUUAAUAGCAUUGGUUAAUGUGGAUGUGUACUACAUUACCCAGAAGGCUUAGCGCUCAAGGGGAAAGCAGAAGUUUAUACGCUGUUGAAGCUUCGAGUGAGUAAUGGUGAUGUGCUAAUAAAGCAAUAAAAAGUUCCUAGAUACGUAUUACUGUACACCUGAAUUGUUAAACAAGCAACAAACAUAACAUGAAUUAACGAUUUGGAUUUUAAUUGUGAUUCAGUGGAGCAGUGAGUGUGUGUUUGUGCACUAGUUCCACACAAAGUAGUGCAGAUCUUCUCUGCAAUCCUUUGCCACCCGUUCUGUCUUUGUUUUGUGACUGGGGCGGUGUUGCCUUUCUUUUUUAUUUGCUCCUUUGCAUCCUCCGUAAGCUCCAAGUCCUCGUUGCCAUGAUGAAUCGGUGACUGGGAUUGAUAGCGAGGUCUAUUUAAGGAAGCCACGUGCGAGCACUGAAACAGUGUCUACUCAUCCCGGUUUGGGCUUUGUGAAACCAAUUAAGACUAGACGCACUUGUUUUGGGUUGGUUGAGCUCUGCGCAGUCAUUUAUCCUGGAUGUCUGAAUCCUGCUUUUGUGCAACGGGCCCCUGUUCCCACUGAUCAUCUUUGAGAUGUUUCUACAGCUUUCUACAGAGUCCACCUGUUGGCAAUUCAGUUGAUUGGACAGUCUUAGAAAAGGCACACACCUGUCUAUUUAAGGUCCCACGGGUGGCAGAAAGCAUCAACUCAAUAGGAAAUGUCUAAAAUGUAGAACAGGGGCGUCCAAAGUACAACCCAGGGGCCAUUUGUGGCCCACAGCUGUUUUUUAAUGGACCUCGGCACACUCAAAAAAUAGAAUUUGCAGGAUGGAACAGGAAAACUUUUUUAAAAAACGGCAAAAAUGGAAGAAAAGAGCAGUAAUUUCACGAGAAUAGUCAAAAUAUUACAACAAUAAAGUUAUGAUAAAUCUCUCAAGAAAAAAAAUCAUAAUUUUACAACUAUAAAUGUUGUGUAUUUUGUAAGUGUAUUUUAGAAACAAAAAUUUGAAAUAUUAAAGCAAAAAAACAAAAAACAAAACAAAGAUGCAACCUUUGGAAAAUGAGAUGGAAAAAAGUUCUAUUACGAGAUUGAAAUCAAAAUAUUUGGGGAUAAAGUUUUGUGAUAAAAAAAGAUUCACAGGAAUAUAGUUGAAAUAUUUGUAAAAAAAAAAAAAAAAAGAAAAGAAAAAUAGAAAUAUUAGCAAAAAAAAAGUGGCAAUGUUAGGAGAAUUUAAUAUAUUAAUAUUAAUAAUAUGCCUUUGCUGUACAUAUUUCUAUACAUAUUUUACAAAAUGUAAAAUAUCCUUUGAUAUUUCAGUAUGCGGUCCUCGCUGGAAAAAGUUUGGGCACCCCUGAUGUAGAAGUUUGAUGAAAAAAAUGAAUUUGUUCCAUUUUGGAAUACGGCUGUAAUAUAACAAAAUGAACAAGUGAACACCGUGAAUACUUUCCGGAUAAACUGUAUGUACUGUAUGAAUGUGUAUAUGUACACACACACACACACACACACACACACACACACACACACACACACACACACAGAGGAUGAGGUUAUUUUUUUGUUGUGUUGGGAUUCCUGGUGUUGCCUGGAAAACAACUGAAGAAAUGCAUUUUAUUUAGUUGUUCUAUGGCCUUACAUACGUUGUGGUUCUGUCUGAACAAGAGAUGAAGCUUUGAGGAAAAACUAUAUACAUAUAUAUAUAUACUGUAUAUAUAUAUAUAUAAAAAGUACAAAAAAAGUCUUAACGUUUCUAUGACCAGCCUCUUGUUCAAGUUCUAGUCUCCAGGAGGGUUUGAGAAUUAUUUUAUUAGCACCUUGUGAAGUGUUUCCGUGUCAGUGAUGUAAUUUAUUAAUGUUUGUAGCUUUUUAUACUGAAACGACUGAAGAAGAGGGUUUGUUUUUUUUCUAAUGUUUCUUGUGGAGUUCCUUUUUUUUUUUUUUUUUUUUUUUUUUUUGCAAAGUGGAACGAUGUCCUAUGUGACACCAGGACCGUGUGUGUUUUUUUUCCCCCCAACACCCUGUCUUGCUAUGCGUGUCAUAUGAUUAUUUUGCAAUACUGUCAUUAUAAACAUCUGUCGUUUUGCUACGCUCAACACAUUUUCAGAGGUUUUUUUGUGCUGCGCUGUACAGCAGCAGUGUUUUUUAUCACAGAUGUACUGUGAGACAUUAUGUCACUGUUUCAUUUGUACAAAAUUGUGCUUUUAUUUUGACGUCCCAUCUAUUAAAGGCAUUCGUUGUGACCGGGCAGCGAAUGGUAUCUGUUGUAGCCGUCUUCCCUUACUGUUAUUUGCAGUAGUAGUAUUUACAAAUCCUUUUCAACCUGAAUAUAUAUUUUUCUGUAUUUAGACGAUUCUUUUUGAGAUCAUGUCUGGCUUUUUUAAAAAUGUUUCAUUCAGAGGAACAAACAUAUUGUUGUUGAAUGAUAUGCUUGUCCGCUUUGUUUACAUUUGCAAUACAGUUACUGUGGAAAACC